AUGGAUGCAGCGGGAAAAGACACCACCAGUCAAGAUGUGUUCGCCGCGACGGCCAGCGAGGACAUUGCGCUGGAGCAUCUGGGCUACAAGCAGGAGUUCCAACGGUCCUUCAGCCUGCUGGACAUGAUCGGCUUCAGCUUCAGCAUCGUGACUUGUUGGACUGCUCUCAGCGGCGUCUUCAUCAUCGGCGUCAAAGCAGGCGGCCCUCCAGUCAUGAUCUUUGGCUGGAUCGGCGUCUGCGUCGUCACCCUAACUGUCGCCCUCUCCAUGGCCGAGAUGUGCUCGCGAUGGCCCGUCGCCGGAGGCCAAUACUCCUGGGUUGCUCUGCUGGCACCCCCCAGGAUCGCCCGCGAGCUCUCCUACAUCACCGGCUGGUUCAUGCUCAUGGGGAUCCUAGCCAUGGGCGCCGUCAACAACUCCGUCGCAUCGAACUUCAUCCUCGGCCAAGCGAACCUCGUCUUCCCCGAGUUCACCAUUGAGCGCUGGCACACGGUCCUGGUCACAUACGCCGUGGCAUUCAGCGCUUUACUAACAAAUGUCUUUGCGCCGCACCUCCUCAACCGUCUAUCUCGGACAAUCCUGGUCUGGAACAUCUGCUCCUUCAUCAUCAUCACCGUCGUCCUCCUUGCCACAAACAGCCACAAGCAAGCCGCCCCUUUCGUCUUCCGCGAUUUCCAGAACUUUACCGGCUUCGGGCAAGCCAUGGCUACUAUCAUCGGCAUCCUUCAGAGCUUUUUCGGCAUGUGCUGCUACGAUGCACCCAGCCAUAUGACUGAGGAAAUGAAGCAGCCCUCGCGGGAUGCGCCCAAGGCCAUGAUUAUGAGUGUUGGCCUCGGCGCCGUGACAGGGUUCGUCUUCUUGCUGACAUUGUGCUUCUGCAUCGGCGAUAUCGAAACGACCGCUGCGUCGAGCACCGGUGUCCCCGUCAUCCAGAUCUUCUACGAUUCCACCGGUAGUAAACUCGGGGCUUGCUUUAUGGCGAGCAUGAUGACGGUCAUUGUGCUCAUCUGCUCUGUGAGUCUAAUCGCAGAGGGCUCGAGAUCGCUCUUCGCGUUUGCUAGGGACCAUGGCCUGCCCUUCUCAAGGGCUCUGUCCAAAGUAACCAGCAAGCACCACAUCCCUCUAAACGCCAUCCUCGCAACGACCCUGGUCCAAAUCGCGUUCAACUCGAUCUACUUCGGCACAGUCACCGGCUUCAACACCAUCAUCUCCAUCGCCACGACAGGGUUCUACAUAUCCUACGCGCUCCCGCUCCUCUCCCGACUCCUGGGAUACACAACCUCGCACAGAAUCUCCUCUUCGCAAUUCAGCGGGCCCUUCUCGCUGAACCUGCCACUCUCACUCUCCCUAAACGCACUGGGACUGCUCUUCCUGCUCUUCGCAUUCGUCACGUUCAAUUUCCCGUCUGAGGCGCCGGUUAACGAUGUGAAUAUGAACUAUACCAGUGCGGCUAUUGGCGUUAUUGCGCUUGUUGCUGUUGCGACGUGGUGCUUGACGGCGAGGAAAAGGUUUACGGGGCCGGUGGAGGGGCUUGGGGUUAGUGAGGGUGAGACAGGGGGCGGAGUCCAAGGGGUGGCUGGUGGGAAGAAGGGUGCUGAGAGGGGGGAUGGUUCGAGGGUCAAGGGGGAUGUUUAG